UUGGCGCACAGACAGCUGCAAACGAGGGUCGCGACUCUGCCACAGCUUUUCUUCUCCCCUCUAACGCGGUCAACAAGCGAUCCGAGUCAUAAACUACGAACUGCGACAGCGACAAUAGCGAUCGCGGCAGCGACGGCAGCGACGGCGACAACGAAGAAGCACUGAGCCCCAAGCCAGCACGGCUGAGAUAUAUCAGUCAUGAUCCUCCAUCCAUUCGAACCGCCAAACCCGCGUCAUCAUAAACAUAGGAAUGCAGAAUGGAGGAGGACGGCCCCCCACGAUAUCAAGCACCCAGACUUCCUUUGGGGCGACUAUUGGCGGCGGUACAAUACGAUGCAGAUCCCACUGUUUGACGAAGACGAAUACUACAACAUAGCGAUAGCAGUAGCCAAGGAGUCUAGUGGUCAGGAGGAAUUCGAGCAGAAAUUCGACAAGAUUAAUCGGCAGCAACGGAAGAAACUCACAGCCAUUAUGGACCAUGCCCUCAAGGACGCCCUGGCCAACGCAGAAACCUUCACGAGCAACGAUGCUUGGCUUACGGCCAUUUAUGCCUCUCAGACUGGCUGUCUCCAGUACUUUGUGCAACUCUUGGAGGGCGUCGUGUCUGGCAGGAAAGCGGCGGUGGUGGGAGCGGACGCAGAGCACGAGGCGCCGCCGGAUAACGAUAUCCACGAGAACCUCGACGCCAAGGCGCGGAACCCUGCUGAAGAGCAGACGAGGGACGUGGUACUGGAGGCGCGGGCCCAUGCUGAUCACAGCGGCUAUCCCUAUAUGAAUGGCCCUAUGCCUCGGUAUUGGGAUGCACAGCACCCCGAUGACUACGAACUAGAUUACAGGACCCGGAGUGAGGGCAGCACUAGGGAGCAAACGCCGAGUGACGAAAUAAUCCUCACAGGGCCUUGUGUUGAAUACACAUCGUUCACUUCUGAUGGAACGACCUAUGGGGCUUCCGAGGCCGUUAGCCAGAGCCCUCCAACACAGCAACUUCCCCGACCUAUAUCGAGCGAUAAACGUCUCUUGACCAAAGACAACGGAGAUGCGGUCCGAGAGGUACAAAUAAGCCCUCUGGGCGACGACGGAAGCGCGGCUUUGACAAAGAAGAGGGUUCGGCCAGACGAGGAUGCCGUAGUCCAGGAGCCCAAGCGUCGCAAACUGGAGCACAACGCUGCUCCCACCCCACCACGUCAAAACCCUCGGAAGAGAUCCAGGUCUGAUGAUGACGGCGAGGACAAUGGAUAUAAACGACAAAAGAUAGAGAGCUUGCCCUCUCCCCCAACGUCCCAUACCUCAUCCGCCGAAUCGGGAGAAGAUACUGCAGCAGAUGGCGUUCCCUCGACAAGUCCAGGCAACGCGUUAGCAAACAAUCAACUGAGGAAUCAAAGCAAGUCACUGGGGACUCCCGGAGCAGGCACCGCUCAUGGUAAACGCAAAUAUCGAAAAGGGGGUCCUGUUCUGCGCACCACGCGCGCAAAGGCUUCUCGGGCUGCUUCUCAGACCCCUCGGACCUACAGGUCGUCCCGAAGAAGCACAUCAUCACCACUUUGGGAGCUGGAUGCUUCAGGGCUGGGUGCAGCGAUUAGUUCGGAGAAACGAUGGCGCAUCGUCCGACUGACAGCAUGGUCGUUAUCCCGGCAGGGCUGGGUGCAGCGGCGUAGCUCGAGGUCAGGGACGCGGUGCCUGGGGCGGAACAUGGUCGUUAUCCUGGCAGGGCUGGGUGCAGCGGCGCAGUUCAAGCAGCGUCAACAUGUUGUUUAAUUUCCGAGGGCAUGGUCGUUAUCCUGGCAGGGCCGGGUGCAGCGGCGCAGCUCAAGGAAGACAACGACGCUUUUCUCCUUUCCUCGUGCAGCCUCGGCCCGGUCGUGUCCUCGUUGGGCUCUGUCCAAGGAUCUGAGCAGCAUGGACGGGGCGGAGAACACUUUUCAGCAUUCAUCAUGAGCGACUUUGACAUUUUUCUCGGGAAGCAUGGCGUUGGCCGGGUUUGAUACAGCGAGCAUUUUCUUCAGGCGUAUCUUAUCGGAUUGGUUUGGAAUGGAUUGGCCUUUAUAUACCUCUGGAGCAUCUAUAUAUUUUUGCGCCAG